AUGUUCUUGCCUAAGUUCGAUGGGCAAGGUCGGGUCACUCCGCGGGACGAGGCGGGGUAUAGACGCUCGUCGCUGGCACGGGGACGCUGUUUUAUUGCAGUCGGAUCGCGUCGCGACACGGGUGAUUCGCCACAUAGCCACGUGGCCUCCCAUGAAGCCGUCAAGCGCAUACCGCGCCCCGAACAGCGCCCACAGAGCGGCCCAGCAGCGCCCAACGAGCGCCCAGCGAGCGGCGUCAGUGCACCACCAGCGGCACCCACGUGUUCAUCAGGAGCGCCCAACGAGCGCCUCACCGAGCGCCAUCAGGAGCGCCAAUCAGCCGCGCCCACAGAGCGCAAGACCGUGCCAUCAACAGUACCAACGGCACCCACAGCAGUGUCGACCGAGCGCCAUCAGGAGCCCCAAUCAGCCGCGCCCACAGCAGCGCCCAGCCGCGCCCUCAGCAGCGCCAACCGCGCCGGAUACGUGGUCACUAGCCAAGCUACGAGCGCCACCAGGAGCGCGCAACGAGCGGCCACCGCGCCCUCAGCUACGUCCACCGCGCCGCCAGCAGCGCCGUCCACGGGGCAACGGGAGCGCCAGCCGCAACCACAUCGGUCAGCCACUGCCGCAUGUCAGCAGUACCUGCCGUGCGCCCCUGGUAGCGCCCAGCGCCCAGUCACGACACUAGGAGCGCUCACCGAGUGA